AUGCUCGCUCUCUGGCAGUGCCUGGCCCUCGCGGUCAUCCCUACAGUAUCAGCAUUCCCCUCCGGUUCGUCUCAGAAGAAGGCGUUCGACUGGGACUCGACGAAAUACCUAAUAGCGUUUGGUGAUUCCUACACGUACGUGCAGGGAACUCACGGACACCAAAACUAUAGCUUCAUCGGGGAUUUGCAGAACUUCGCAUACGAUGCUCAGACCCUGCUAACGGAUAAGAUCGUUCAGAACCAGACAGCAACGGCAGAAGGAGGGCCCAACUGGGUUGAAUACCUCACCGGCUGCGGAGUGGAAGAUGGAAUCAUCUCACCCUUGAACUGCGAGAGACAACUCUGGGACUUCGCAUUCGCGGGGUCUGAUAUCUCCGUUGCAUACACCCCCCUCCACCACAACUACACGGUCUCUCUCGUCAACCAGGUCACCCAAUUCACGACCUACGGCCAGCCAGUCCUCUCGCGGCACAUCUCCGCGCCGCAGUCCCUGGUCGCCAUCUGGAUCGGGAUCAACGACAUCGGCGACAGCUCCAAAUACGCCGUCGACUUCCCGGCCUUCUACGACACCCUCAUCACCACCCUCUUCACCUCCGUCCAGGAGAUCUACGCCCAGGGCUACCGCUCCUACCUGUUCGUCAAUCUCCCGCCCCUCGACCGCACCCCGGGCAACCAGGCCCUGAGCCGGCCCUAUCCGAACGCCACGCAGGUCGCCUGGUACAACGACGCGCUGGCCCGGCACGCCGCCGCCUUCCACCGCAACCACGCGGACACGGCCGUGCACCUGUUCGACGCGCACCGGACGCUCAGCGAGAUCAUGGACCACCCCGCGGUGUACGGCAUCGUCAACACUACCAACUUCUGCCCCGGGUACGACCAGCCCGAUAUCGCGUGGAACUACCGGGCGUACGGGUGUCCGACACCGCUGGAUGAGUACUUCUGGUUCAACUCGGGGCAUCUGACGAGCCAUGUGCAUCGGAUCCUUGCGGAUGUGUUGGAGGGGGAGCUGAGGGAGUGGUCGAAGUGA